UUGAUUAUUCAUAAAUCGCCGCUCUUCCCUCCCUCCUGUUUUUUUUUCUCUCUCUCUCUCUCUCUCUCUCUCUCUCCCCCUCGCUAUAACUUUCUUCUCAGCUAGGGUUUCGUUUCCUUUACUUCAAAUCCAAAAGCGGAGGGAGCAUCACCGAAAAAGCACAGGAUCAAUCACACUUGUGAUUAAUGCCGGGUGGAUUCCAUGCUUGCAAUUCGCUGCCUUCAUGUGGCUAAGAUUGACGAUGGUGAUGAUAAAGGUGAUGGCGAUGAUGACCAUGAGGGAGAUGCAGAUUCGAUGAUCUGAUUUUAGAAGGCAUCAUCUGAUUGCAUUUUCUCUGGAUAAAUGCGCUAUAUAUGCAUUUUAAGCAGAUGGGUUGACUGAUUUUACUGUUAGUUUGGACAAAUGGCUAUUGCUGGUCUACACAACGUUUCUGUGCUUGACUCUGCUUUCCUUAGGGACUCUCAUUCUCAAGCAUCAGCGCAGCAAGGUGAUGAGGGGAGGGUCAGAACCCAAGGAUCCUCGCUCCUGCAGAUGUGGCGGGAGCUUGAGGAUGAGCAUGUGGAGAGUCGUGCCCAACAAGAAAGACUGGUCCAACAUAGGAGUGAUAGGUUGAUUGCUGACCUUUCAAGGGGACACGUUUCUGAUAGUGAUAGUAAUGAACAAAGGGGUGACUGGGAGGUCAUGAGUAUGAGUGAGAGCGAGUAUGGAGCAUUGUCUCAAACUCAAAUUGGCUCACAGAAUGAACAUGUUGAUUCUAGCAAUUUUAACUGCGAACGUUCUUCUGAUUUUGGGGAAGUUGAAAGGGAGAGGGUGAGGCAGAUUUUUCGGGAAUGGAUGAACAGUGGUGUGAGGGAACGUGCAUCAAAUGUUCCCCAUAUGAGCAACAGCCCAAGGGCAGAGUGGCUUGGUGAAACUGAGCAGGAGAGGGUGAGAAUCAUAAGAGAGCGGGUACAAAUGACUAGUAGCCAGCAGAGAGAUGCUUCUGUUGACAGUAGAGAAGAACAAGCUGCUGACGUUGGUACUCAGAUUGAACGAAUUCGGGAUGGAUUGCUUGUUAACCAGAAUGGAGGCCGAAAUGAGCAUGCCCGGAGGGGCAUUCGCCGAUUAUGUGGCAGACAGGCCUUGCUUGAUAUGCUAAGGAAGGCUGAGAGGGAAAGGCAGACUGAGCUUCAAGGUUUGUUGGAGCAUCGGGCGGUAUCACAAUUUGCUCAUCGCAACCGCAUUCAGUCAUUACUUAGAGGCAGGUUUUUGCGAAAUGGCCGAUUGGUUGACAAUGAGAGAUCCGCUUCCCUAGCAGAAAGUGAACUAGGCUUAUUGAGGCAAAGGAAUACUGUAUCUGGUCUGAGGGAAGGAUUUUGCUCCAGAUUGGACACUUCUGUAUGUGGUCAAGUAAGCAGCAACCAUUCUGAUACCUCAUCCAACUGUGAAGUUGAUGUCAAUAGAAAUGAUCAAACUCGAGCAAACAAUGCACAGGAUGUUCUAGAUGAACUUGGUGAGCAUUCUGAACCUAAUAAUGAGGAGAGUAAUAGCCACAGGUUAUCAGAUGGUAGCAAUGAUUUAGGGGAUGAUGCUGUUGAAGAUAUUCGAUGGCAAGGAUCUAGUUCUCAUGAAGAGGAGUGGCAGGAACAACUUUCAGAGAAUGAAGUAUCCCUUCAAAGGGGAGAUGGUACUGGGCAAAGUGUGAAUGGAAACUCUCAGGAAACUACUACUAGUGAGUGGUCGGAAGCUUUGCUCAAUGAAUCAGGAGAACAUAGUAGUAAUAUGCAAGAAGCUGGUGAAGAAAUUAAUAGACAAUCUGAGCCAAUUAUUGAGGAAAGUUCUAACCAUGGUUUAUCCGAUCAUGUUGAUAUAGUUCGGCUAGAAUCUUCUGCUCAGGCAGAACAAGUCUUGGAAAAUGAGGAAAGAGACUCACAACAAGCGAAUAUUGAAUAUAAUAAUAAUGUAUGGAGUAACGGGAUUAGAGAUUAUAUGGAUGAAAACCACCUGGGAAUUACUUCUAAUCACCAAGAGUUGGGGAAUGAAGAUAUGGAACAGGCUCAUCUGCAAGAAGUGCCAGAAGUUUGGCAUGAGGAUAAUGGUUUUCAAGAGGCUGUGGAACAUUGGUUAGAAGGUCCUUCUGAUCAGGAAGCUGUUCCAGUUAGUGGGGUUGAUACAUUUUAUUUUCCUGAUGAUGAUAAUGUUUACAAUGUGGAACUCAGAGAACUCCUAAACAGGAGAAGAGUUUCUAAUCUUCUUCACAGUGGUUUCCGUGAGAAUCUUGACCAGUUGAUACAAUCAUAUCUGGAGAGACGGGAAAGUAAUGCUCCUAUUGACUGGGAACUGCCUGGAACUUCCCCCUCUCGUUUGUCAGAAGAACAGGAUCUUGGGCAUCAGAGUGGGAAUCACAAUGACGAUCAGAGGGAGUCUGUUGAGAGUCCUCGACUUGCUUUACCUUCCUCACCACCAACACCACCUUCUCAGUCACUCUAUUAUCCAGAGUUGCACCAUGAUAACUGGCCACAGCAUGACAUGCAUCAACGUCUAGGAUUUGAGUGGGAGGUCGUUAAUGAUUUGCGAAUUGACAUGGCUAGGCUACAGCAGAGGAUGAAUAACAUGCAGAGGAUGCUGGAGGCAUGCAUGGAUAUGCAACUUGAGUUGCAGCGCUCAAUAAGACAAGAAGUGUCUGCUGCCCUAAAUCGAUCUAUGCUAGGAAUUUCUGGGGAUGGAUUGCUAAAAGAUGAGCCUCAAUGGGAUUAUGUGAGGAAAGGAAUCUGCUGUAUAUGUUGUGAAAGCAAUAUAGAUUCUUUACUGUACAGAUGUGGACACAUGUGCACAUGUUCAAAAUGUGCAAAUGAGUUGGUCCAAAGUAGAGGAAAAUGUCCAAUGUGUCGGGCACCCAUAGUUGAGGUGAUCCGAGCUUACUCUAUUGCAUGAUCUGGAGUAAUUAAGAAAGAACAGUUGGAUUAACAAAAAAUAUAGAGUUUCAAUUUCAGUUCUUGCUCCUGGACCACUCCAGGUAUAUAUAUUUUUUUAAAAUAUUUUUUCUGUUUUCUGGGUGUAUGAUGGAAACAACAAUUGCCGUAUCUGAUUAAUUAUUCUGACCUGAAUAAAAUUUUUGAGUGAUAAGUUAUUCUACUAUCGAAAUUUCUUGGAA